GGAAGAAGCAUGUGGCUCCCUUUAUAAAUUGGAUUAAAUUACAUAACUCUCUUAGUGGCUCCACCAUACUUCCGUUCAUACCACCGGGAACCCACGAUCCCAUUCUAAAUUUGAAAAAUAAAUAAAUAAAUCGGUUCUCACCAAAACUUUGAUGAAAGCCUCUACCCUUUUGUCCAUCCCCAUCUUUAUUAUCUGAUAGGAAAAAGCAUCCUAGCAAGCUACAUACAUACAAGGAAAUCACCAAUCUGAUAUCAACAAAGCAUCCUAGCAAUUAAGCCCCAUACAAGGACAGGAAAAUGGCCGACCCCGUCAUUAGUGCCACUAUUCAGGUUGCCUUGGAGACGGCAGUAUCUCUUGCCACUGACAGGAUUGGUAUGUUAGUUGGGUUCAAGAAGGAUGUGGCCAGCAUGACUCGAUCUCUUCGCUUUAUCAAUGCUCUCUUGGCUGAUGCUGAGGAAAGGCAACAAAACCAGGACCGGGGAGUGCAAGAAUGGCUGAAGAGUCUCGAGGAGGUUGCUUAUGAUGCUGACAACGUGUUGGAUGAGCUCAACUACGAAUCUCUUGGUUGCAAGGUGGAGUCCCGGAACCAGCACAAGCGAAAGGUAUGCUGCUUCUUCUCCUUCUCUAACACUAAUCUUGCUUUCCGUUGGAGAAUGGCUUCUAAGGUCAGGGGCAUCAAACUUAAGCUGAAUGAGAUCAACCAAGGAGCCAGUGAUUUGGGACUGUUCGAGAGAGCAGUCAUGGCAGCUGCCCUCCCUGCUGCUGCUGAUGCUGGAGACAAAAGAAAUCGGCAGACCGACUCUGUUGUUGCUCCAAUGAUUGGAAGAGCCGAUGAUGAAUCAAAGAUAGUGAAGAUGCUGUUGAGCCCAUCUGAGAAGGUUCUUUCUGGUCUUCCCAUAACUGGUAUGAGAGGUCUAGGCAAAACAACUUUGGCUAAAUCGAUAUACAACAACAAGCAAAUUGAUGAGCACUUUAACAAAAAAAUUUGGGUUUGUGUAUCAAAAAAAGCUCCGAUACUGGAUCUUUUCAAACUCAUUUUAUUGCAAUUGACGGAAAAAAAGGUUGAAGUGGAAGAAAAGGUUGAAGUGGAAGAUAGGAAUGUCAUCGUUGGAAAAAUUGGGAAUCAACUUGGGGGAAAAAGAUAUUUCCUAGUUCUUGAUGAUGUGUGGGAUGAUGAUCAGGCAUUGUGGGAUGACUUUUUCACCACCUUGAGGGGACUCAAUCCAACCAAUGGAAGCUAGUGUCUUGUCACUACUCGUAUUGGUCAGGUGGCAGAUAUUGUGUCUGGAGCUUUGAUGAUGGAUGAUGAAGCCUAUGCCUUAGGAAGGCUACCUGAUGAUCAUUGUUGGUCUAUCCUAAAAGAAAAAGUAGUUGGAGGCAGGGGCGGAUUUAAGGUGGGGGCACUGGGGGCAUGGGCCCCCACUGCCUCCCCUCAAAUUUGUAUAAUAGUUAUACAAUUUUGAUAUAAUCGUAAAGGUGCCCCCAGAGUUUUUUUAGAACAAAUGUGAAAAAAUAGAUCACAAAUUUUAUAUCAUUCACUUUCCUCCCCUGGUCUCCCAUUUUUUCCCCCAACAGAGCCAAGUAUCAAUUAUAUCAGUCUUUUCUUUUGGUCCCCACUCCCCAAUUCCCUUUCCUCCUCUGGUCCCCAUUUUCCCUUCACAACCGACGGCUCUUCUUUCUUCCCCCAUUUAUACUUGUUGGUGAAUUUAUUAUUUUUUUGCUUAAAAAAUUAGAAAAAGAGUAGAUAAAAAAUUUUGAUGUUAUUUUUGCCCCCACUAAAAUUUUUUUCUGGCUCCGCCCCUGGUUGGAGGGGGAGAAGUACCUGAUGAACUACAAGCAAUUAAGGAGAGAGUAAUCAAAAGAUGUGAUGGUCUACCAUUGGCUGCAAGUGUAAUAGGAGGUCUGUUACGUUUAAAGAGAAAAAAGGAGUGGCGAUCAAUUUUGGAGAAUAGGCUUUUGAGUUUGAGUGCAGGUGGAGAUCACGUGAUGCAAAUACUUAAGUUGAGUUUUGAUAAUUUGCCAUCUCCAUACAUUAAGAAAUGUUUUGCAUAUUGUUGUAUAUUUCCUAAGGAUAGUAAGAUAGAAAGGAAUAUGCUUAUCGAACUUUGGAUGGGAGAAGGUUUCCUUCAAACAGAUGUCAAAAGCCAAACGAUGAUGGAGGAAAUUGGUAUGAAUUAUUUGAGAAUUUUAUUGCAGAGUUCAUUGUUUGAAGAAAUAAUUGAUGAAUCAGAUUAUCCGUCAAAAACAUGUUAUCAGAUGCAUGAUCUAGUGCAUGACCUUUCAGAGUCAAUGUCAAAGUCUACCAAAGUCAUUAAUGAUAGGGAUACAUGUAUAGUAGACAAUGGUGAUCAGAUUCGUUACCUUGCAAUAGACUCAUUUGGUGGUGGAGAAGACAGAGAUAAACUUUUGGAGAGUCUAUCAACUUCGCUUCAUACAUUGUUUGUAAAUGUUGACUUAUCUGGCGAUAUGUUAAUGAAGUUGAAGAACUUGUAUGUUUUGAAUUUGUCUUAUACAACAACUGAAGAGCUUCCAGUCUCAAUUGGCAAACUAAUACAUUUGCGGUAUGUUAACCUUAAGCGGUCUGCAAUCGGCAUUUUGCCGGACUCCCUUUGCAAGCUUUAUAAUCUGCAGACAUUGACGCUAAGUUACUCAAAAGUUAAAGAUCUUCCGAAGGGGAUACGCGAUUUGAUUAGCUUGAGACAUCUCCACUAUGACAUAAGUGAUAAUGACUUUCAAAUGCCGCUAGAGAUGGGACGACUUACUUGCCUUCAGACGCUAGAGUUCUUUAAUGUGGGUCGAGAGAAGGGUCGACAAAUUGAAGAGCUUGGAAGCUUGAAGAACCUCAAAGGCAAAUUGGAGAUACGCAAUCUGGAACUAGUAAAGGGUAAGGAAGGAGCUGAGGAAGCAAAACUAUCUGAAAAGGCAAAUCUAUUUGGCCUGGUACUUCAGUGGGCCUGUGAACGAGAAGGCGACGACUACAAUGACGAAGAUGUGUUAGAUGGCCUUCGACCCCACCCAAAUUUGGAGGAGUUGGUAAUUUGGAAUUUUAUGGGCGAUCAAUUUCCUCAUGGUUAAUGGAUUUGCCAACGACGACAACACUCCCCAAGUCAGCAACAACACCCCCCAAGUUAGCACGUUUGGCAUUUAAUUUCUGCAACAGAUGCAGAGAACUCCUUCCCCUGCAAAACUUUGCGUCUCUUAAGCAGCUGGAGAUUUAUGCUUGCGAUGGGUUGACGAAUCUGCCAGGUGACAUACUGCACUCUUGUGCCUCUCUCCAGAAGCUUCGGGUGAUUGGUUGCCGCAAUCUUAUCUCCUUUCCGCUUGAUUUGCAACAAACGCCUUCUCUCUUGGAGCUGGAAUUAUACAGGUGUUCCAAACUGAAAACAAGCAUGACGCCCAGAGGAUUUGGUUUCCUAACCAGCUUAAGGGAGCUUGUAAUUGGUCCCUUCUCAGAUGAUGGUGAUGAUCAUGAAAAUUCUUCAAUUUACAAUGAGUUUGAUUGGUCUGGAUUGAUAUCCUCCUCCUCCUCUUCGUCAUCCACACUCCAUGAAUUAGCAUUAAUUGGGUUGCCACACAUGGAGUCCCUGCCACAUCGGAUCCAAUACUUGACCACUCUGACGUCACUAUGGCUACGCGACUUUGGAGGUAUAAAAGCUCUGCCAGAUUGGUUCGGAAACUUCGCUGCUCUUGAAUUCCCGCAUUUACGGCAUUUCACGGAGCUUGGACAUCUACCCUCUGAGGAUGCCAUGAGAAGUCUCACCAAACUAAAACGUCUGGAGGUUUAUGGUUCUCCUCUGUUAAAAGAAAGAUGCACUCCUGAGAGCAGCGGCCCCGACUCCCAGUGGUCCAAAGUUUCUCACAUUCAAGACCUAUGCAUAAGUUGAUUAAUAACCAACUUUCAUCUUUGGAUCAAAUUCAAUCAUGAUUGAUAGAAGAAUAGCUUCAUGAACAGAGGUUAGAAUUUUGAAGCUUCUUCAGCACCAUCUAUAUGGCUAGACCUCAAUAACUUUUGGCCUGCAUUUCCUCAACGUUUACAACAACUAGCAGUCUAUUUACGUGCUCUGCUUCUGUAGAUUUGAAGUUAUUAUUGCUAAAGUCAUCUGACUGUUUAAAAUUGUGAUUCUAAGGGGACUGAACUUUUACCUCUUGAUAAUGAACUUGCAUACUCUAUCAGAGUCAUAUAUGAUGUUUUUCUGGUCACUUUUCCUUGAUUUUGGCUUUUGAGCCAUGAAGACAAUGGUCAAUUGAGGCGUUUUCGCAGGUGUUGGUCAUUACUUUCAUGUUUUGGUUCAAAAUUUCUGGUAAUUUUAGAUAUGCUUCUCUUCUUUCACUACUCAAUUUUUACUUUUUACCACUUUAAUAUCUAAUAUAUUACAUAUAAAACAAAAGAAAUCUUGUUGUCACAAAGAUAUUUUUGAGGUAGCCGAGGAAGGUGUGUACUAUUUGAGCAAUGAAGUUGCACAAAACUUGGUGGAGUAUCUUCCAACUGAACAACUCUAGGCGGAAUGUUUUGAAGCAUUCCGGUAGUUGGUCAAGCCUGCUUGUUGCGACUUGCUACUGUUAAUGAAUCCACCUUGAUAAAGGCUUUUAAGCUCUCUCUGCUAUUAUGAUUGUUGGUUGCCUCUUUUUUUAUGGUAAGUUCUCCUUUUGGGGCUUUAGUUACAAUGACAGAAAACCUGCAAUUAUCUGAAAAUUUCCAUUCGUUUUAUUCUAUCCUGAGCGCCAUCUUGAGUUUGAGUUUUUGUGCUUUGCAGUGGUUUUAGGCACAAAGCUAAACAUGGAACCUCAUCGAUGACUCUGACUCUGACUAUAAUACCAAUAAUCUUCUUCCUCUGCUUAAUAUUGGGUUUUAAGAAGUUUAAUAUCCAAUGCACUAAUUAAAACCUUUAAAAAAUUAUCAUGUUUAAGACUUUUUCAAGCAGCAGAGACUUGGUAGACUAUCCUCUUCUAAAGUUUAAGUUCAAAUGCCAUGAUUUGAGAUUUUAAGAGUCAAAGAGUUGUAAUUAGCUCUACUCGUUGCAUCUUGCUGUCUCAAAGAGUUCACCUUCAUGGCAAUUCUAGAGCUCUCUACCUUUCAUGCUUGUGGGUGCUGCUUAUUAUCAUUAUUGUUAUAGAACUUCUCAUUUUUCAGUGUUUUGAACAAAAACUAAUAGUUUCUAUGGCACUUCUGGUACUUGUAGAUUGAGCAGAAAGAUUUGAUAUCUUCUUACUGAUUUAGUGACUGUAGGCUUAAAGCUCAGUCGGGAACCCUGAUGACUCCUAAUUACCGCCUUCACUUUUGAAAAUCCUCUCUUUCCUUGAAAGUAUAUCAACUGAUAAUUGAAGCAACAACAGAUUAGGUCUGCCAAGUUGGAUACAGAGAGUAAAGAUUUCAGGACUUUUCAGAGCUGUUGGUCAUCAAAUUGGUGUUUGGUUCUAAGAGUCCGCCACGGAAGAUGUACUGCUCAUGCAGUGAAGCUGCACAGACUUGUUAUAGCAUCUUCUGACACAAUCAAGACUAAGCUGCAAGUUUUGAAGCGUACUUGUUGGCUGCUGCUACUUGCUGCAAUUAUUUCAUCUGCUGUGAUGAAGGCUAUUAAGCUCACCCCACCUUCUAUACUUGUUGGUUGCUUCUCUCUUCAUGUGAUUUUACACUCAAAGAUCAACAUUAACCUUGAUAACUCGCUCUUACUAUCAUUUGUAAUGAAGUCCUAUGAUCCCUUGCUGAACCAGACCCUGUUUCAGUCAGAUCAGAUGAAAACAUCCGGGAUUGAGUUCCUUGUCUGUCUGGUGUUGUUAAACUGUCCAACCGAUUCAGCAAUUUGUAGAUAUGUUAAAUGAGGUGCUAUUUUACUUCUUUUGGAACUCAAUUUGCCAUAUCUUCCAUACUGCUCAUCGUUCAAACUAGCAGUAUUUUGUAGCAGGAAAACGUGGAUUAGCUGAACCCUGAUAGAUGCUUGCAUCCUUCUUGAAGUUGUAUCUUAGCUCUAUAACAGGCAACAUAUUUUUUCUCAGUGUUCUGCAGUUGACUACAGGUUGUGUCCGA